AAACUUAAUUCACUCACCAACAAAAUAAAUAUAGAAACCAAAAAAAAAUACUUAACACAAGCUUUGUUGUCUACGAAAAGUUAACUUUAAAUCAAGGAAAACAGUUAUCUGUUUCAAUACAACAAAACUUCACAAAUAUAAUUUCAACAAAAAGAAAACAGAUAACCGUACAAAUGAGACCAGCAAAAACCAAGCCUUAAAAAACCGACCGGAAAAUAUCCAAAAAUGGCUAUCACGAAAUAUUGACAUAUUGCAUGACACCAUCCACCAUUGACCGUACACAAGACAGCUGCGCGUGCGCAACUCGCAGUCAGUGUGGCUCCGACCGUCGCGGGCGUCAGACGUGUUGUCACAACAAACAGUGCAGUGCAUUACGAUAUAGUGAGAAAAAAAAAAGUGUUUUGAAUAAAAAGAAACUUGUGAAGUGUGCACAGUUAUAUUAAAAAUUAAACCCCACCAAAGAAUGUCCUAAAAACAAAAAAUGGCAGCCAAAACAAUAAUACUACUAGCAUUAAUCUACAUAGCAACAACUAACAGCGAAGAUCUAACUUCAAGCGAAAUAAAACAAGUCAAAGAAAGCGAAGAAAUCAUUGAAAACGAUGACACUACAGUCAUAGUCGAUGAAGAAGAUCUGAGAACCACAACUGAAUAUGGCGUUACUGAUGAUGAUAGUGAAAUAAAAAAUAGAGAACAAGAGAGCAGCGAAACAGCUACAGAUGAAACAACUGUUGAUAUAACCGUGCCAUCGAACAAUGUCGUCGACGAUAAUAGAUCUAAUACGAGUAAUAAUAUUGAUACAAGUCUUAAGACUGAAACAGUUCCGAUGCAGGCUACAACAAGAGCGAUGGACGAUGAACCACCACCAAAAAUACGAGACACAGAGGAAGAUAUCCUGGAGAUACCAGGACAGAGGAAUCCCAAGGCUGACAAUGAUCCCAAACCACCGAUCGACAAACGCAACUUCGACUCACACCCACCUGUCCUAAAACCUCAAACGACUCGAUCUGUCGUGAGGGGUUGGCUGCAAGACUGCUGGAUACGACCACCAGCCGGCAUCAUGGUACCGCUGAGGGCGACAGCUUUGGCGAGAGCAUUGGCUGUAUGGAGUGAUCUGACAGUACCGGCGUUGAAUCUGACACACGUUUUGGUAAUGGGGUAUGAUUCUAACGGUGUAAACUGGAGAUCAAGACAUAAUUUACAACAAUCAGGCACAACCACGACUGAGAAGACUGUAGGAGAAGCUCUAUCAAAACUACUUUUAAAAUACCAGGGUGUAGCAACAGACGUUUCGAAUGAUGGUACGAUGCGAGCGUUGGCCACAGCAGCUAAACUGGUUCCGUACGACAGUGCUCUCUUCAUCAUCACGGAUAAGGGAGCUGGCGAUCCUCAGAGGCUGCCUCUCGCGCUCAGGGCCUUGGUCGAAAAGAGGCUGAAGGUAUACACAAUAUGGACGGACCCUGAACAUCUAACGAAAGAAUCCGAGCAGUCCUUGCAAGAGUUGAGAAACAUAUCCAAGCAUACUGAGGGGGACGUCAUGCCAUAUCCUCUUCAGGUCAUGGACGUUGACGGUUCGAGUAACUUCGCAGCAGAAACUGAGUUGGAGCAGUGGAACCCAUUGGACCCUAAGCAGGGUCGACGGGGAAGACUCAAUUCUGAAUUGGGAAUGGAGAAAUUUGAUUUGUUACUAGUGCGUCGAGGCGGCGGUCAAGCUAUAUCUUUAGGAGUACCAGUCGAAAACGGAGUGACAGCAUUGAGGAUCUUCAUUGAGGGGGCUGUGGAGCACGCCGUCUUGUACCCACCUAAUGACGCUCCUCAAAUAGACCUGUACAACGCGACAUCGGUAGCUGGCUUUUCUCCCAAAUCGAGGACCGAGGGAUUCUCACCGAGGGACGUCUACCUGAUGUUUCCCGGCACCUCGUUUGAUUUGGACAUGCUCUCAGUGUUACCAGCUAGUCCUAACCGGCCGGAAGUACAAGCAGCCUUCGUAGGGAUGUGGCACCUGAGCGUGCGAUGCGAUACAUGCGACUAUCGGUUGUGCGUGUCUGCGCGUGCGCACAUACACUUCAACGUCCAAACUGAUACGCCGGAUACUCUCAAAUUCCGAGUGACUGGGCCUGUAGCUAGCGUCAGGGAAUCACAAUUGGUGGACGAAUAUGGAACUGAACUCGCGAAGCUACCUUUCAGCUAUCAACCAAUGGCUGGUGAAGGUCAGAAUGAGGAGAUAGACCCCAUUGUAGAGCUGGUGGCUGAUGUGGCGCUGCCACCAGUUAAAGGAUCCAAGGUCUACGCGAAGAUUGUUGGGAGAGAUCUAAGAGGAGAGCCAUUUAUACGUCUUUCGGGGCCGCUCAACCAACCAGAGAUCAGGAUGGGCAGGUCAGCUGCGGUCAUCUUCCCUGAGUCUUCCAACGACCUUGAGAGGAUUGAGGAGCUGAACUCCAAGGCGUAUGAGGCUCAGUUGCUGUUCAACGACAGCUCACAACAAUUCAGCAGGGCUGUAUCACAGGUGGUUAACCAGCAAGGAUCAUUGCUGACAUCUGUACAAAUUGGCUUAGCUAGCCGUCUAUAUGGUGCACCGGGGGAGAAUCUACAGUUACAUUUUGAAGUAACGAACUAUAGAGACCAAGCGGUGAGAUUCUCAUUUGGGGCAGUUGGCGAGCUAAGAUUCUUGUCCGAUAUACAACCAAAAUCGCAACGUAUUAUUUCUGGGCAAACAGUGAACGUCAUAGUAAGCGUAAUUAUACCACCUUCUAUGCAACCAGGGCAGAGAGACAAGAUCACAUUCACCGCUUAUGGUAAUGAACAAGUGUCCCUAUCAGCCUACGUCUACGUGGUGAACUCAGCGGAACCUACAGAUGUCUGGGCGCCUGAAAUUACCCAUACUUUCCAAGGAACUUGUUUGGGCAGGACGGGAGAUGACUGCGCUCAAUACGCCUGGUCUGCUACUAUUGUGGCCAGGGAUCCGUUGUCAGGUCUGCUUCGACUCUCGUCAUCACCAAUCGGUUUAAUGUAUAACAGCGACUUCAUAUCGGGAAGUCGUCAAGACGUGGUAGCUACAUACAGAGCUACCUGCUGUGCUCCAAGAGUGCUCAUCAACGGAGUGGAUUCUUAUGGCAAUACUAACACAUACGUCAUCGAUAUAUCUGGUUACCUAACUGGGGCAGCGAUCGCAGCUAUAGUCCUAGGUGUGUUGUUAGCGAUAGCCUUAAUAGCUCUGCUAGUAUUCCUGAUAGUAUGGUGCGUGAGGAAACGAAAGGAAUCCAGGGAACUACCCUCGUACAACACGAGGACAUAAACUUAGAGGAUAUGAGAGGAAUAUUUAAGCUAUGUUAAAAGCUUAUCUUGCCCCAAUUCCGCUAUACACAAUAGCCGAUGAAUGAAUAGAAAUAGGACAAAUAAUUAAUAGACUUAA